CGGGAGGACUGCAGGGGCCGCUAACGGUCCUGCGCCUCCCGGCGUCCGCGCGCCCCGCGCCCGGCGGACGAGGCCGCGCCGGCUACGAUGGGCGCAAUGGGGGAGGCGGAGCCGCUGCAGUCGGUGCUGUGGGUAAAGCAGCAACGUUGUGCCGUCAGUCUGGAGCCCGCUCGGGCUCUGCUACGCUGGUGGCGGAGCCCAGAGACCGGGCCUUGCGUGCCCGGUGCCGAUACCUUCUCGGUGCCAGUGUCCGAGAUCAUUGCUGUGGAGGAAGCGGAUGUCCAUGAGAAGCAGUCCUCCAGCAGCCGAUGGCAGAAAAUGGAAAAUCCGUUCGCGUUCACAGUCCACUGUGUGAAGCGAGCACGGCCACACCGCUGGAAGUGCGCCCAGGUGACCUUCUGGAGCGCCGACGAGCAACUGUGUCACCUGUGGCUGCAGACCCUCCGUGAGCUGCUGGACAGCCUGAUUUCAAGGCCAAAGCAUUUGCUGGUAUUUAUCAACCCUUUCGGAGGGAAAGGCCAGGGCAAGCACAUCUAUGAAAAAAAAGUGGCACCUCUGUUCGCCUUGGCUUCCAUCUCCACGGAAAUCAUCAUUACUGAGCAUGCUAAUCAAGCCAAGGAGACUUUAUAUGAGAUCAACACAGACAGCUAUGAUGGCAUCGUGUGUGUCGGCGGGGACGGCACAUUCAGCGAGGUGCUGCACGGGGUAAUUGGGAGGACACAGCAAAGCGCCGGCAUUGACCCCAACCACCCCAGAGCUGUGCUGGUGCCCAGUACCCUCCGGAUUGGCAUCAUCCCUGCAGGGUCCACAGAUUGCGUGUGUUAUGCAACAGUGGGCACAAACGAUGCAGAGACGUCAGCUCUGCACAUCAUCGUUGGGGACUCGCUGGCCAUGGACGUGUCCUCCGUGCACCACAACAGCACGCUGCUGCGGUACUCGGUCUCUCUGCUGGGCUACGGUUUCUACGGAGACUUAAUCAAGGACAGCGAAAAGAAGCGGUGGAUGGGCCUCGUCAGAUACGAUUUCUCAGGGCUGAAGACCUUCCUCUCCCAUCAGUACUAUGAAGGGACAGUGUCCUUCCUCCCAGCACAGCACACGGUGGGAUCUCCCAGGGACAAGAAACCCUGCCGGGCCGGGUGCUUCGUGUGCAGGCAGAGUAAGCAGCAGCUGGAGGAAGAGCAGAAGAAAGCCCUCUACGGCCUGGAGAAUGCUGAGGAAGUGGAAGAGUGGCAAGUGGUGUGUGGGAAGUUCCUGGCUAUCAAUGCCACCAAUAUGUCCUGUGCUUGUCCCCGGAGCCCCAGGGGCCUGUCCCCGGCUGCCCAUCUGGGAGAUGGAUCCUCCGACCUCAUCCUCAUCCGGAAGUGCUCCAGGUUCAACUUCCUGAGAUUCCUCGUCCGGCACACCAACCAGGAUGACCAGUUCGACUUCACUUUUGUUGAAGUUUAUCGAGUCAAGAAAUUCCAGUUCGUAUCAAAGCACGUGGAAGAUGAGGACAGUGACCUGAAGGAACCCGGGAAGCAGGGAUUCGGGCAGAUCUGCAACGACAGCCCCAGGUGCAGUUGCUUGGCCUCCAGAAGCUCCUGGAACUGUGACGGAGAGAUCCUGCACAGCCCCACCAUCGAGGUCAGGGUCCACUGCCAGCUGGUACGCCUCUUUGCUCGGGGAAUUGAAGAAGAGUCCUAAGCAAGAACCCCAAAGUUGAGGCGCCAUCUACUUUGAGCUUGGGGAGUAUGAAAAUAAUUUAAGAAAACUUUGACAGAGCAAUUAUGUUGACAUAUCCAUUUGAACUUAGAGAUUUAUUUUUGAUAGGUAAAUCUUGGUUUUAGAAAAGACAGCUUCAUCAGCAGUUCCAUACCUGGUAUCCAUACCUGGCGCCCUUGGUUCUACGUGCAUUGGAGUCGCUUUUCAUAGAACUUGUUCUCAGUAAAUGGCUCUUGCUGGUUUGGGAGCACCGGCGACAUUUUAGCCAUGCCAACCAUGCAAAUUUCAAGACGGCCCUUUAGUGGCCAUACUGCAAUAAUUUUAGGGACAUUACAAUACAAAUACUUCCCAGGAAUCAGGUCACAGCAUCUGGACACACGGGGGACGACCCAGUCACUCUGACCCCUUUGUGAGACUUUCUCUGGAGUUGUGACCAGGUUUGGGGAAGUUAGAUGGCUUUCUUUGCUGUCACUUUACCCCCACCUCCUUUUAUGAUCAGGACGUUGCUAUGUGGCCCGUGCUGAACGCCACAACCGUAACCUCCACAAAGCUGCGCCUACAGAGCAGGGCCAUGUCACUGCAAGAAGAUACCCAGGGUGACGUCUCAUCCUCAGGACUCCCCACAUCUGCUGCCAUCACAGCCACGUCCUGGGAGACAAUCCAGCAAAGUACCCACUGGAAGUUUUGUUCUGUCAGCCCCAGCAGCCUGCGCACUCUGGCCCAAAGGAGGCUCUAUCUGGAAUCAAAACACUUGGCACAACUGGGCUUUAUGGGGGUUGGGGUGGGGUGGACAGAGGGCAGCUGGCAUGCACAAAGGGUGCUUUGUGAAUUUCUAUACCACCCUCAACCUGACUGUCACCAGUGGGAUGACAGCUGAUCCCAGGUCGGCGCCUCCCCCACUCCCCCCAGGUACUUUGGUGCAAGCCCUGUUUCCAUUCCCAGGGUCCACAUCCAUUUUUCCCUCACCAUGUGUUCUGGUCCAUGUACUUCUUGCCAGCUUUCUCCUUGUCUAUCAGAGGGGUAUAAUCCGUGUCUUGGCUAUUUGCUUUGUCUCCACAAGGGGACUGCUAGCUGCUCUGGCCAAAGCCCCCCGAGCUCAUGAUCAGUUUCCUCUGAAGGCAUUCCUGACCCAGGGGCUUCUCAGCGUGGCCUGUGCCGUGUCUCCAGAGUUACGCGUCUGAAGCAUGUGUGUAAAAGAGUUUUUAUAUGAAAUUCAAGAAUAUGCAGCUUAAACUUGUCUUGCAAAGGGGGAAGGGCCAUGACUGUUACAAGAGUGGGUUUUAGGUUCUGCAUUAGGGAAAGCGUGCAUCACACGCAGGCCCCAUUGGUCACUCCAGAGUUCUGCAGGCCGCACCUGUUUCUAGGAGCUCUUGCAUUGACUUACGUUUUGAAGCAUAUGUGAAAUUUCUCUGUUUCUCAGUCCCAUCCAGACAAAAGAAGCAGCUGCAAAGGAGGCUGUGCUUAGGGACCACGUUAAAGGGAAUUGUGUGGUGGUGCUAUUUAAUGAUUGACAGUCCAGUGAAAAGCUGGAUAGAAAGAGUAAAGGCACUCAGCAAUUUCUAUCCAGGUCUGUUCUCGGAUGGGCAGAAGCCAAAGGUGUCAGACUAGCAGCUCCUUGAGGAGGUAGGCAGCCUUGGAGCAGCACCAGGGCAGUCACUUGGCUGGCCGCCUCACUGCCCACUCACCCCUGGCAUUCCAUAGGGGCCCAGGGCCCGAGGCAGCCGGGGGUGCCCCUGGAUCUCAGGAACUGCACUCUCCCCUCCAAGGACUCGGGUCUUCAUUGGCCUUGCUACAUGAUGCCCGCGCCCUGGUCCGCCGCUACCACUCACUGCCAGUUCUAGAGGAGGGGUCCAGAUAGAGGAUGCUUUGACGGUGCUCGGUAGUGCAAGCCACGCUCAGAAUCUCAGACCUAGGCGCUAUCAUGGAGCAGCGUGAGUGUCAGACACCUAUGACCCUGACACUCGUACACAGGAUGGUAAGGCGUCCCUGACACUCCCACACAAUAGACUGUGGUCUCCAUGAUGCUUUUUAGAUGCAAUACCCCAACCCCGGGCCUUAGAUAUCUUAGGGGGGGAAAAACAGGAGUAAAGGUUAGGCAAAGGCAACUUAGGAUCCUAUAGGGGUUCUGGUCCAUGUUUUAACUCCCUCUGUGGCCCACUGGUGCACAAUUAGGCAGCAGUCAUGUGCAGUAACUUAUUCUCGUUUAUCGAAACUAAACAGUGGGAAUGGGGAGCAGCAGGUUUCCUAAGAGCUGCUCUAGUCCUCAUCACAGUCUCCUGGAACCGGGAGCACUGACAAGGACAGCCAAAUAUGCCUCCUGAUCCUGCUGGCUUCAAGGUUAGGAAGUGGCAUAUUUGAUCUGAUAUGUUUGAGAAGACAAAAAAAUAAAGUGAUUUUGG